GCAACCAUUCCGACAUUCUGUGCGUCAUUCGCUUUCAUUUUAAAAGAUUUUUCUGUGAAAUAAACAAAAACAAAAAAUGUGGCCCGAGGUUGAAUCGACGAAAAGUGCUAACAAACGCGAAUUGAAGCUCCACGGAGCUGCAAUAUCCGAAAGGAUUGACAAAGACGGUCUGGACACAUCCAUCUUCGAUUUGAUCAAUUUAAAUUUACUGAACAUCAGUGACACAUCGUUGAAAAUCCUUCCGCCUCAGAUAUCUAACCUAACAAAUUUGCAAACUUUAUUGCUGUUCGGCAACGAAUUAAUCGAAUUACCGCAAUGUAUCGGUAAAUUAGACAAAUUGAAGGUGCUAGAUGUGUCACGGAACAAAUUGGCAUCUUUGCCGCAAGAAUUGUCCGAAUUGAUCAAUUUGACUACAAUCAAUUUGUCGAACAACGAAUUAGUGUCAUUUCCUAUACAAUUGAAAUUAACCAAAUUGGGGCAGUUGGAUUUGUCGUACAACAAAUUGACGGAAUUUCCAGACAUUUGCAAUGAACAUUUCGUCAACUUGUCGGAAGUGAGCCUUCAAAAUAAUGAAAUCGUCGAAAUUCCGGAUGACAUUCAACAAUUGGUCGGCUUAAAGCAUUUCAACAUGUCAGUUAAUCAUAUCACUGCCUUACCGAAGGCAUUAGCAACAAUAUCCAAACUGAAGGAUCUUCAUCUCAGUGGCAAUCCAAUCAGCGAUAAGCGUCUGCUGAAGCUGAUCGAUCAAUGCCGUACGAAACAGGUGACCGAUUACGUCAAACAACACGGAAGCGAAUCAGCCAAAGAUGAUGGCAAAUCAACCAAAAAUCGUCCAACCAAAAAGCAAACCACAAAAACCACAGUCACAUCCGUCCACAAACUGAUCGUAUGCCGUCACAUCGAAGACAGUAGCGCCCGCGUCAUUUACAUGGACAAUGUAAAGGAUGUUCGACCGUUCAUUCUUUGCUGCACGGUGCGUAAUGUUAACUUGGACGGUACAAAUUUCAAGAAAUUUCUACAAAUCCAAACCAAACUCCACGAAACUGUUUGUGACAAAAGGGAAAAAUCGACAAUCGCCACACACGAUUUGGACAAGGUCAAAGGUGGUGUUGUUAAGUUCACGGCAAGGGAUCCCCGUUUGAUUGGAAUCAUUCCGCUGGGAAAGGCGAAGAAGGUUUCCGCCCAGAAGUUGUAUGACAAUUUGAAAGCCGAAGCGGAAGCGCUGCGAAAGGAGAAGAAGCGAAACGUAUUUUCGGGUAUUCAUAAGUACCUGUACAUGCUGGACAAAAAGGAGACGUUCGCUUGUGUCGAAGAUGGUGAGGGUAAUGUUAUCAGUCUACCACCGCUAACAAAUGGAGAUCUGACUAAGAUAUCUCCAGAGACAACCAAUGUAUUUAUUGAGGUCACCAGCAGCACAUCGCUCGGUGACUGUCGCACCACUAUCGAACUUCUGUUGAAGGAAAUGUUGCUGGCCGGUUUCGGUGUUAUGGAGAAUGUGGAAUCCAGCGAAGAGACGACCGUACUGAAUGUGCUAAACGUUCAGCAAGUUAAGAUCACCGAUCUGGAUGGUAACCUACGAACAGUGUAUCCGUCCAAAACGGAUCUUCAUUUCGAUGAAUUGUCGAACAUAUCAGUUGAUAGGGAGUAAGCUGUUGUUGACUUAGUUUAUUGACUGUUGCGGAAAUAAAAGGAAUUUUUCCAUUGAACCGA